UAGCCUGUGUUUUUUUAUUUCACAGAUUUCACAGACCACAUCAACAAGUGGUUUCUGUUUCAAUUUUGCCUCCAGUGUGACAGUAAUCCCAUGACACAGUGAUUCACAUCAUGGCCUGGGUUUGUUUUGGGGGAAGCACUGUGGUUUAGCAACAACAACAAAACAAAGACUAUUAAAAAUACUCUGUAAUGAUGUAUUAAAAAGAAAAAACAACAGCACAUGAAACUGUAAAAAGAAAUAACUGACAAUGACAUUGUGCUAUAUGCUUGCAGCCAUGUGUAAAUGUAAAUGGGGCUGGAAACAGACUUCCUUCAUGUUUGGAUUCUUGAGCAAAUCAAAGUCUGUGUGUGUGUGACGCAAACAGGGAAAUGGACCUGAUGGGAGGGGUCUAGAGGGAUACAUCAUUUGUCUCCUGCCUUCGUGUGACACAUUCAGUGCGUCCCGCUGAGAAGACAUCACAAUGACUGAACCAAACUCAUCAUUCUCCUGGGACGAUUUUGGUGCCAUUUACGAUGCUCUGAACUUUAGCUAUAAUGACACAGACUUUUUCCUUGACCCCGCCACCCAGCCCUGUAACUUUCACACCAUCUCAGAUACUGUGAUGAUCGUUGUCAGUGUCUUUUAUGUCCUCAUCUUUCUGAUGGCACUUCCCGGUAACGUGGUGGUGGGGCUGGUGAUCAGCUUAAGCAAGCAGCCUUUGACCCCUUCUGACCUCUACCUCCUCCACCUGGCAAUCGCAGACCUCUUGCUCGCCAUCACCCUCCCGUUCUGGGCCACCUCGGUUACUCGGGGCUGGGUGUUUGGAGAAGCCAUGUGCAAAAUAGUCACUAUCCUCCAAGAGGUGAGCUUCUACUCAACCAUUCUCUUCUUGACUUGCAUCAGUGUGGACCGUUACACGGUGAUUGUGCGCGCCAUGGAGGUCCGUAGGACUAAUCGACAGCUGGUCAGCUGGGGAGUUUGUGCUGCUGUCUGGAUUGUCGGAGCGCUUCUGUCCCUCCCGGGCUUGUUCAGCUCCACUUUCACCUCUCACAACUCUAGUCAUGUACUGUGUGCUGAAAAAUACGAUCCCAGCACUGCUGAUGAGUGGCGACUGGCCACCAGAAUUCUCCGCCACGCUUUGGGUUUUUUCAUCCCCCUGGCCAUCAUGCUGCCCUGCUACGGAAUCACCAUCCAUCGCCUCCUUCACGUCCGUGGGGGGUUUCAACGCCAGCGAGCCAUGAAAGUUAUCAUAUUUGUGGUCCUCGCCUUCCUCCUUUGUUGGACACCGUACCACCUAGUAGUGAUAGUGGACACAUUUUUCAGGGCAAAGAUAGUAGAGUAUCAGUGCCCAGCGAGGACAGCAGUGGACCAGGCCAUGUUUGUCACCCAGAGUCUGGCCCUGCUUCACAGCUGUUUAAACCCAGUGCUGUACGCUUUCCUGGGAGAGAAAUUCAGAAGGAGGCUGUGGCAGUUAAUGGCAAAGAUAGGAAUCAUUGAAAGAUCGCCAACGUCAAGAAGCAGCAGAUCAUCGCUGUCAUCGGAGCUCACGCCUACAAUCAUGUGAGAACAUCAGAGACACUUGAAACUACUCAGAUCAGCUGAUCAGGGAGAAUUUAAUACGCGGAUUAAAGUGUGGAAAACUGCUAGUUUUGAUAAUCCUCAUAUUUGUACUGCAGCUAAUAUUUGUCAAAGAAAGACUUCAAAAUAUGUUUAAAUAAUUUGUGUAAUAAUAUUAUUAAUGUACAUACUUUUUAAGACUUUAGAUUCUAUUUUAAUAUUAUUUAACUUUGAUUUGCUGCACACACUUUUAUUUUCCUUUGAGGUUUGUUAAAUUCGCCCCGUCAUCUUCAAUGACGUUUCUGAAGAAAGAGUGAAAAUAAAAAAUGCCGCAUUUCAACACGACAUCGCAGCAUUACAACAUUAAGACUGAGCCCUUGCCAGUGAACUCUGAGUUGCAACAAUUCAGCGUUAGAUUGUGAAACAUCAAUUCAUCAGUUAAACUGUCUGCUGUGCUGCACAUAACUUUGAGAUAUUUUUAUAGAAAUGCAUUCACAUUUUUGUAUCUGUAUAUGGUUGCCAUCAACGUCUGUAUAUAUGAGAAAUGAAUAAAACCAUCCACUUUG